GGCUCCAGACCUCUACUCCUCUUUACUUACUCCGGCAGGUGUUGCUACUGCUAGUGCUUAGCUAGCCAUGGGCGAGACGAGCGCGAACAUGGCCCACUGGGCGGGGCUCUACGGCGCCACCGCCGGCGGCAAUGGCGGCUCGGCGCCGGGGGAGGGCAGCGGGGUGACGGUGUCGAGCCCGACGUCCGGCGGCUCGGGCGGGAGCCCGGCCCGGUCGGCUCCCGGAGUCGAGGCGGGCCGCGUCGGCAAGCCGGCACGGCGCCGCUCCCGCGCGUCGCGCCGCGCGCCAGUCACGCUGCUCAACACCGACACCUCCAACUUCCGCGCCAUGGUGCAGCAGUUCACCGGCAUCCCGUCCGGGCCCUACGGCCCCGGCGGCGUCGGCGGCCCCGUGAUCAGCUUCGGCGCUGGCGGGUCUGGUGUUGGCAUGCCGGUGCGCCCGUCGCCGACCUCCGCCGUGAUGUCGUUCGACCACCUCGGCGGCCAGUACCAGACGCACCGGCCGGUCGCCACGUCGUCGCUGCAGCAGCAGCAGCAGAGCCAGCUCUUCCGGCCGCAGCAGCAUCAGCACCAGCAGCAGCAGUUCGGCGACUACGGCAGCCUGCUCGGAGGGGGCGGCGGGGACAUGUUCCUGCACGGGUUCGAGUCGUCGUCGGCGGAGGACAGGAUGUUGCUGCAGAGCAUACAGGCGGCGGGGUCGCAGAUGAUGCCGCGGCCGGCGUCCACUAACAACACCAAUGGCUACAACUUCGGAUGAUCGAUCGAUCAAUCUCCUGAUCAAUUACAGUAUAAUCAUGAAGCAUUAAAUCAGAGAGGGGGAGACCAGCAAGUUUUGCUUUCUCCCCUCUGCGACGACGACGACGACGAUGAUGUUGCUGUCGAGUCAACUUAAAGGUUAAUUUUUGCUGGCCUUGAUGUAGAGAAGCAAAUACUAGUGAUGAAAUUAAGCAGGGCUAGCUAUCUGAUUAAGGUUUAAUCAAGACAGUAAUUAGUAGUAUAUAGGUAGCCACACUACUUUGCAGGUUUAUCAGUUUAGCUGCAUGUGGAAAUUGGAAGGCAUGUAAAUAGUUUUUAGCUUUCGGCCGGUGAUGUGUAUCGCAUGCGCAGCAACUUGAUUCGAUCUUCUUCUA